AAUCGACCAUUUACCCAUCACUGGUGAAAAGUGAACGAACACACCUCAUAUUUGUCAAAUUUGUUCAAUAAUUUCGUACGACUGACAACCAUGGCAGAGACUCUUGAUGAAAUUCCAGACGUUGAAAUCGAUCAAGAUGGUGUAUUUAAGUAUAUCUUGGUCCAAGUGCACGAUGAUAAUAAGAAGCAGAGCAAACCAAUUGUUCGCGGAUAUGCGAGGUCGAUUUGGCAUGCUGAUAUCUACGAAGAGAUAAACAAGGAACUAAAAAAGUAUGGCCCAGGAUUAGAUACUGAGUGUGUUGGCGGAGGAAGAAUCAAUCACAAUUCAGCUAAACAGGCGAUUAAAGUUUACGGAUAUUCUCAAGGGUUCGGUAAAGCUGAUCAUCAGGUUUCAGUUGGCCUUCUAAAGCAGAAAUAUCCAAAUUACGUUAUCACGUGGUCAGAUGAUGGUUACUAAUAAAUCUACAUUUAUAUUUUUUCGUUGUAAAAAGCGAUAAAAGCAACAACUCACAUGUGUCAAAUUUUUUUGGAGACGUUAUUUGCCGUACUCAAUAUAUUCUUACGUUACUGUCAGGUACACGGAGAAAAAUUCUGUGCAUGAGUCAUAGAUUAUGAAGUCAUUUCUGGGACUGAUUUUCAUAUAUAUCUCAAUAAAUUUUCCUAUCUUACAGUCAGCAUUUAUGCUGAAACCUUUGGUAAAAUCUGUGUAAUUUAUCACGGCAACAAAAAUUUUGUAUAGCAAAAUAUAAAUUUAUAGUAUAACGAGCCAAAGACCUCAGUGACGAUUUAAGAAGAACGAAAGGCCAUUUUUUCAAAUAAUUAUCGUUUAAAUGUUUAAUUUAUAUUCAGCAAUAAUUAGAUUAAAUGAACGAUAAUUGCGAGUAGCGAA